AUGGCAGCAGUUGAGGGGCACCAGGAAAAGCUGCUUGAUGAAGAGUAUGGUGAUGAGAGUUCUGAAGACGAGGAUGAGGAGGAGCUGAAGGGAUGUCCUCAUGCCGAUGCUUUGUUCGGCUCUGUGGCCGACCGGAGAUCACUCGUCCAAGUAAUACAGCACUUCAGCAAGGACAACCUGGCAGACGAAAGUGAUGCGGUCGUUGCUGCCAUCCGAAUGGAGGUGAAGCAGGUCCCGGCAUUCCGGCGAAUCCUAAACAUCGUAAGCACCUGUGGGCUCUGGCUUUUGUUUCAACCGCGUGAAGACUCUGCAUCAGUGCUUCUGACGAAGCGGGGUCGUUUCAUCUGUUGGGGCCGUGGCCAGGAGGCGCAGCCAGGGGCGGUGCGAGCCUACCUGGGCAAUGUCCUCUGCUUCCUUGCUCUGGUUUUCGUUCUUGUCAUCAUGUUUUGGAUCUGGGUUCUCCGGAUUGAAGCAUCGAUGGUUUCGCGUGGACUGCUGCUGAUCUUCAGCAUACUGGUGCUGGUUCUUCUUCUCAGCUACGCCUGGGCACAGCGCCCUCGAAGGGACUGUGGAACGACCUUUCGGCAACACUUUGAAGUCAAGGAGCUUUGUGUUGGCACCUACACUCGUGUUGACGAGGGGAGGAGAAUGGGACAACUCUGUGCUCGUCGACGUCUUGGGCACUUGCAACUCUGCUUCAGCCGUCUCUACCCAAAGCCGGAGAUAUUGACAGAACGGCUCCCGCCUGGUGCUCCCGGGUGCAGUGGGGUGCAACCUGUUCCAGAACUGCCAGCGGCGCUCGCUGGCGAGACUCCUCAGGUGCAGAAAGAGAACAUCGAGCAGGAAGGAGGUGUCAACAAUGCCUUCUUGGCCCGCCUUGCAGCGGUGCUGGCGGUGCUUUCGCUCAUUGGGGCGAUUUAUGAUUACACAUCUUUCUUGGACAAAGUCCGCAUAGAUUCGCAGCUGUGCAUCAAGAAGGUGCACGGUUGCAGCUGGCACGUAGACAACUCCCGCCUCUUGGGCAAAGUCAAACGUGUGGCGGGUGCGUUUCCACCUGCUGACUACACCAAAGGCGGUUGCAACAGCAAUGGUGAUUAUUGCGACUAUUUUUUGCGUCCCACCGACCAUUGCACUGAAAAAGGAGAGGCCUUUACGAACGAUGCCACAAGUGCUCUUCACGUUCGACUGGAGUGCAAAGCUUUGGAUGGUUUGGCUGAUUCGACAGAGAGGGUGACCUAUGUCGAUCCGUACGAUGGCCAGGUGCACACCCGCUUCCUCAUAAAGAAGGACCUGACGGUUUGGUCCAUGCCCUUGGACCAGUCCAGCCGCAACUGGCACAAGGUGUUGCUGACCGAGGGUAUGCGCAUUGUCCAGAUUGGCGAGAAGGACUCCGAGGAAAACCAGCAGCUGCAGCAAGGAGUCGCAGUACAUCCUUUGCAUCUGUUAGGACGAUGCAUUGGGGUGUAUCGUGGUCACAUGGAUGUGGUCCUGGUGUACGUCGAGCAUGCAUCUCCAAUGUUUGAAGAGGAUUGCCAUGAGCUACAAGAAGCUUGCAAGGCUGAGGGCCUCGGGCCGGAAACAAGCGGCUACUGGCCUCCGCUCCGGAUCUUUGACCACAGUUAUGAGAAGACGAUUUGCAUCUACAAGCCCAUGAAACUUUCGUUUUGGAAUCGGGCCUGGUCUGUUUUGGAGCAAGGGCACAGCGGUCUGACGUGUCGCGGUGCCCCCAAGCAGCGGAAGUCCUUCUCCAAUUCAACGCAUAUCAUCACUGAACGGGUGGAGCAGUGCAAAAGAGCCUGCGCGAAGGAGCCCUGGUGCACGCACGUCUUCUAUUCGGGCGAGGUCCCGGCAGCCUUUCGGAGCGACAUCGAGCACGUGCCUGAAUUCCUCGCGAAGCAUCUGGGCAGGCUAGGCAACGGAAGUCGCAGCGCGAAUUACGAGUGCUUCCUCUACGAGACUUGUCCUGUGGCCAACCUGAGCCACGUGGGCGAUGUCUUCGUGCCAGCGAAAUGUGGGGAGCCCUGCGGCGCAGAAGAGGAUCGCUGCAUGAUGGUCAGGCAAGGCUACGUUCUCCGAGAUGCUGAUCGCAUUUUGGGUGGACCAGAAGGCUGCAAGUCCACAUGCAUUAAGUCAACCCAGGACGUCGCGCAAUGCAAUGCCUAUGUCUACAGAGAGCUUUCUGGAGGUAGCUGCACACUCUAUGGGCCUGACGAGUUCUUGAGGCCUUACGUGGGCUGGCACGAGCUUGAGGUCAACUACAAGGGGAACAUCGGGACGCCUACGGACCUACACUGCUAUAUUCGGUCAACAGAUCCCUUCCAUCAAGGACGGAUACGAAAUCGUCAAGACGCAGGCGGACCUGGCAUUCUUCUCCGGCUGUCAGACAUGACAACCUGCCAUGGUUGCAUUGAGCGAACACUGUUCACCUGGCUCAAAGAGCCAUCGGCUCUCUGCAUGGUUCUCAGCCACCUGAUCACACUGAUCGGUUUGGGAUACGUGGCACAGCGUGCCCAUGCCAGUGUUCAGCUUGGAAAAGCCGCGUUUUCGGGCAAGCCGGUUGUGCAUAUGACCAUCGUCCAAGAUCCUGCGAACCAGGAUGACUUCGAAGUUCGGGAAGAUGCAUACCGGAAAUUCUUGUCGAAAUGCUACGAAGUGGCAGAAGCCUGCCGACGCGAGGAGGAAGGCGAGCCAGCAAAGGCGAAAGAGGUUGAUUGCUGGGAUGCGGUAGACAUGAAGUCCGACGUCCGAUCCGUGGACGUUGGAUGCUACGAGCGCUACGACUUAGCCAACAAGCGAAGAACUUGCUGCUUUGUCGACAAGGCGCUGCUGGGCAUUCAGCCGGAUGAGAAGGUCUGCAGGGCCUGGUCUGAUACUCCACGCCAAGGCAUCUACAGGAUUCUCUUUACAUUGCUCUUCUACUACAUGGCUUUGUUUUUCAUCAGCUGGGUCAUGCCCAGCACGUGGACGGCGUGGUGGGUGGAAGCGGGGUUCCGUCCCGUCUUCUUUGUCCUCGUGCCGCUUGUAAUGGUUGUGCAUCACUACGUCGAGUUACGACGGGAGAUUCAAUCAUUAUUCGUGGUUACGAGCUGGGGCCGGCUCGUACAUGUGACGCGACGGCCUCCGCCAGACAUCUUUCCGGCUAUUCUCUGCCCGGCAUGGUAUGGAGGGACGUCGAUCCAAUUGGAUAGCUUCCAAGUUGGUACGAUCUCUCUUGCGCAGCUCGACAUGCCUGCACGUCCUCUUCUUGAAGAUCGUCUACAUUCCGGGUUUUCGAAGGCGUGGAGACGAGGCACCGUGACUGUCCGUGGUAAGUUUGGAUUGCUCCAAGUUACUCGACAACAUGGCGAGGCUCUGGAGAUGUACGAUGCCUUUAGCACGUUGGCCCAAAGCUCGGCCAAAGUUCCAGGGCUUCGACCAGUGGGAGAUGGUGGAGGCGACAUAGCAGGAGUUUGCCCGCUGGAAGAAGUCUUUUGCGAUGGCGAGCAGCACAUCUGGGAGCAUCGUUUCAACGCCUUUGGUUUCUUUGGUGAUCCCUUCAACUACAGCACUCUGCUGACUUUUACUAGCACCCGCAUCAUCGUGACACGCGCCCGAUGGCCGAAGGCAUUCAGCUUGAUUGGCUGCUUGAUCGGGCCACGCACCUGCAGCAAUCGCUGUAGCUUGCUGCAAGAGCACCUCGGGUACUCUCCUUACGUUACCCUGACCUCCGUCUGGUACGGGAGCUUGGAGUCUUACGUCACCGAGCGAGUACGCGCCCCACCGUUUUGGCCAGGGUUCAUGAGCCCCAUCAUGAGUCUCUCUGUGCUAUUUCUGGAGAAGUGGAUGAAGGUUUACCCUGCUGCGCUGCAAGUCACACAACGCCCCUAUGGCAUUCCGCGGAGGGUCCGCGUGAAGGCAGAUUCCACCAUUGUGCUGAAAGCUAUGGGCAAGGGCGAGGACGCGAGUCUUCGCAUUGUGAGCUCCGAUGAUCCCUUUGCUCCGCGUGGCCAAGUGGUGGUUCAAGUAAAGGAUUCGAGUGGAAGAGUGAUGGAUCUGGAAGAUGGACGAUGGCAGCAGGCCUCUUCCAUCGAGGCAGGCGCACAGCUCCUUCUCAAAGCUGGCGAUCCCGAGUGGGACGGCUAUGCUGAUGAGCCCUGGUUGCACCAGAUGCGUGCCAUCCUGGACCAUGUAUCUGGCAGGAGCCAAGCUCCACUCGAGACGUGGGAAGCCCUCGAAGAUCCUCCCCGUCCAGAGCUUCCUGGAUGCUUUGCAAGACUGGCAGCUGCUCUUUUUGGUGGUCAUAUGUUGGGCCAUCGGACAGAGAAGGAAGGCGAAGACGGCAGCGACUACAUCUCCGAUGAUGAUGACCUCUCAUAG